AAAAAAAGUGUUUAGUUAGAUUUUGAUAGGUAAAGAGAUUUGAUUUUAUUAGAUUAUUAUGAUUUAAUUAUUGAUAUUAAAAAAUAUAUAUAUUUAUUUGUAUAUUCCUUUCUUUUAAAUAAAUUGUAUCAAUUAUUUACUUAAGAAAUGAUUUUAGAUGAUAACUAGCUUUAUACUCUUUCUAAUAAUUUUAACAACACAAAUUCAACAUAACAAAAUGGAACUUAGAAAUUGAACAAAUAUUCAAGCAGCUACACAGAAAUAUUUGCAUGGGGAUGCGAUAAUGAAGGGUAAUUAGGUUUAGGCGAAAAUAAAUAAGGUAAAAAAUAUGCUAUCCCUCGUAUCUGCUCCUUCAAUGUAGUAAUUUAGCAAAUCAGUUGUGGUAAAAAUCACUCUGCUUUUAUAGCUUCUAACGGAUAUGUAUACACUAUGGGUUCUAAUGAAUUUGGAAAAUUGGGGUUAUCUCAUUAACAAAUGAUAAAAAGUGCAUUUUCUCCACAACUUGUAGAAUCUAUAUAAAAAUUUAAAGCAAUAGGAAUAAGCUGUGGAUUUGAGCAUACAGGAGUUAUUUGCUCAAAUGGAGAGGUUUUUACAUGGGGAAAAAAUACAGACGGACAACUUGGUCUUGGAAAUUAUGUAAAUCAAUAUAUUCCUCAAAAGGUUAGUUUUAAUCAUAUCUAAACAAUAAAUUCGACUAUUGCAAAAUAAAUAAGUUGUGGAGCUUACCACACGUCAAUUUUACUUGAAUAUGGUGAAGUAUGCAGUUUUGGAUAAAAUGAUAAAGGACAAUUAGGAAUAGGGAAUUAAACAAAUGAAUCUCUUCCUAAAAUGAAUGAAUUUAUUCAAGAAAUUACUACUAUGAUUAGCUGUGGAUAUUAUUACAGCUUAUUUCUUACUAAGUCUAUGAAGGUAUUAGCUUGUGGAGAUAACUCUGAAGGCUAACUAGGAUUGGGGAAUAAAAGAUCUUAAUUGAAGCCUAUAUUGAUUAAUAAGUUAGAGAAUAUUUAAACUAUAGAUGCAAAGUAGCACUCUGCAGCAAUAAGCUCAAAUGGUGAAUUAUUUCUUUUUGGAACCUGUAUGUUUGGAGAGUUCCUUUUCCCAUAAAAAGUUCAUAACUUAAAAAAGUAAAUGGCUGCAGUCAGCAUCGGAGAUAAUUUUGGCUGUGCAAUAGACAUAGAGGGAUAAAUCUAUUCAUGGGGUUACAAUGAAAAUGGUCAGCUUGGUUUAGGAGACCAAGAACCAAGAAUUCUGCCAACUCCUAUGGUUUGCUUAAAGGGUAAAAAAGCUCUUAAAAUUUAAUGCGGUUAAAAUUAUUGUAUCUCAUUAGGAAAUACUGUGAUUGUUGAGAAAGAUAAAUCAAAAAAAGCUGCAAAUAGCUCUAAGCCAAGAACUGAAACUUAUAAUAAUGAAAGUGUGGAUGAAGCCCAAAAUAGGAGUGUUUAUGAUAUUCCAGAGUAAAACUUAAUACCAUUUUUUAGGAGAAAUAGCUAAAAUUAAAGUUAAUACCUAACUCAGAAUAAGAAUAAGUCUAGCUAUACUAAUAUGAUUUCAACUAAUUCAUAAUAGAUAUCCUAAAUUAAUCCUGAUUGUUCCUUUAUUUCAAGUCCUGAAAAAUCCAUGUAUUAACAUAGAUUUGAAGAAAUAAAAAACGUGAAAUCAAUAAAAUAACAAUAGUUGGAUUUGAUAAACAACUAAGCAAAUUAACAACUUAAUAAUAAUUAAAAUUAUUUUCAAAAUAACAUUAAUCAAUACUCAAAUUUAAUGGCGUCUAAUUUAUAGAAUUAUAAUGAAUAAAAUAUUUUGAUAUUUAAUAAACAAAACCAAAAUAUCAAUAGGUAAUAAAAUCUAUCAAACUAACUUUUACCUCAAUAUAAUGGUAUGAUAAAUGAAAACUAAUCACCUCUCAAUCUUUCAGCUAUUGAGUAACCUCCUUAUAAUCCAACUACAGCUUUUGUUUCCCAAAAUUAUGCUGAUGAUGAUGAAUAGCUAUAAUAAAAUUAAUAGCAUCAAGUUAUAAAUUAAUUAAAUCAACAAAAUUAAUUUGAUUCUAACAAAUCAGCUAAAAAUUGCAAUGGAUCAAAUGGAUAAGAACUUAUUUCAAAUUAUAAAAAGCAAUUUAAUAUGGUUAACUAAAAAAUAAGAAGCAAAUCCUCUGGAAAAAGCAUAAUCAAAGAAAAUUCUAAUUUAAAUUCAGUUGAUACGACUUACUUACUAUAGCAAGGAGCCUCAUAAGUUUUUUCCAAAUUUAAUAGAAGUUAUAACUAAGAGUUUUUAGAUAAUCAAAACUAAUCGUUUGAAAUUAAAAAGCACAGCCAAAGCUACUUCGAAGAGCCAGAAAGAGAAGAAAGUUGGAAAAAAAUUUUAUAGUAAAAAGAAUUGAUUAUCAAAAGAUUAAAAGAAGAAAUAACUGAGUUAAAAGAAGAUCACAAUUAAGAAAUGGAUUUUCUCAAACAAUCAUUAGAAUAAGAGAAAAUAUUGAACACAAAAAUUAAAGAAUAAGUAGAAACCUUGAAAAAAAGGGAAAUUUAAAUGGCAGAACAAAUCAAUGAAAUUUAAUCAGAACUAAAUAGCAAAAUAAAAGAAAUAUUUGAUUUAAACAAUGUUAUUACAUCUCUAGAAAAAAAGCUCUCAGAGUAAAAUUUGAUUUCAACAAAAUAAUUAGAACAACUAAAUACGGAAUGCAAUACUUACAAAAAGAAGAUUAAAGAAUUUGAGUUAAGGCUUUUGGAUGAGUCUUAACUGAACUAUUAAAAUUACAUACACCAAAUGCAAUAAAAGGAUUAGUAAAACGACUAGCUGAGAAAUGUGAUUUAAAAUCUUGAAAAUAGAAAUAGAGAAUUAGAAGAAACACUUAAUGAAUUUAACUAAACAGGAUCUUAAUUCAACUUUUUGAGAGGCACUUAGUAAAUACAAGUGAGUGGACUCUAGAAUAGCUAGUAAAUUAAAAAAGAAAGAAAUUAUAAAUAGUAAUUUUUAAAUAGCUCUACAAGAAAGCUUAGUAAUGAUAGUAGUAGGAUAAAUAAUAAUGCUAGUUUAACAUAACAGUUAUCUCCUUAUAUUUAGCAGCAAACUCCUUUCUAAAACAACCAGCUGCUGAAUAGUAAUUUAUUAUAUUAGAAUUAAAAUAGAUGUGUUUCGCCUGCUAAGAUAACUUAGAAUAAUAUAGCUAGACAGCCUUUCUAAUAAAUAAGUGUUAACUAAUAGAAGCUAGCAAAUAUAGUCUAAAGGUCUCCAUUUUAAUAAAAGUAAAGCUAAGCAAAUUAAAUGUUUAACAAGAGUUAAAGAGAUUUUAGUAACAAUAGUAGUAUAUCUUACAACUAGUAUGCUUAGGAUCUAGAAUAAUAAAAGUAACAAAGUCAAACUAUGAUAAACAAAUUUGAGAAAUCUGCUAAUAAAAUAUUAACUAUGCUAACAAGUGAGUCUCCUGAAAAAUAUACUUUUGAUUAAAAUGAUUUAUAAAGUGAUUAGCAUCUUAAUUACGAUGCUUCUUUUAAAAAAGAUAGAAGACAUCUUACUGACAAUUAUAUUACCAAAAAUGAAUACUCAGAUGCAACACCAAAACAACAGACAAAUAAUGAGCUUGGACAAAUAUAUAGAGAUAUUUCUACUUUUGAGUUAAAGGACAAUAGAAGUAAGAGUUUAGAGAAAAGAAUGUAAGAUUUUGAAAAGAGGCUAAAAGAAAGCUCUUAAAAGAAUAAAUGA